AUAAACUGGCACGAUGCAUCCGUUCAUCCGGAAAUUAUCGUUGAUAAUAGUACGAGCAAUUUUUCUGUCGCUGAUAUGACCAAUGAGGUUGUUGCAUUGGCAUCAAAAGCUGACGGAGAAACUUUGAGUGAGCUACAAGUGCAUCAUAUCAGUGCUUGGGAUUAUGGAUCACGACAGUGGAAUGUUGCACUGCCUGAGGGUUCACUGUUAACGAUGUGUGCAUUUAAUGAUAUGUUUGCCGUGGCAACUAUUCAUGGUGGUGCACAUUAUGAAGAAGAAAACGAUGAGCCACAGUUUGAAACAGGCGAAAUUCAUAUGUUCUAA